AUGAAGCGAGAUUUGGCUUUGAUGCCUUGGCGAAUCACCCAUGUCGUGCCACGGAAGCCUCCACCAGCAAAGAAACCAGAUCGUCCUGCGGUAGCACUGCCAGUAGAUGUUUGUCCUGAUAAGUUUGAUGCAAUCACAAGAGGUGAGUGUCCUUUAGCAUAACU